GUUUCUAAAAACAAUUGAUGUUAGUUGAAACAUUUAAAUCUUUGACGUCGUCUUCAUCUAAAGACUCUUCUCCUUUCUUUUUUUUCACUGGACUCUUCUGCUAUAACUCGCUUUUAUAAACGAAUAAAAAUAAAAUCAAAAUUAACACACAAAAAAGAAUAAAAUAAUUAAAAGACAAAAAUCAAGCCCUCCGGAAAAGACUUAUUAAGGAUAAAAAACACCGCGUAAGACUCUAACUUAACACGAUCGUGCCACGUGUCCUCCAGAAAUCCCUCUUUUAACCGCCAAAAAAGAAACCACCCACUCUUCCAUUAACAUUAACUUUCCUCAUCUUCUUCUUCUUCUUCCUCUGAUCUAAACAACAAAACAAAAAAUGGUGGACGAAGAUCGGAUAACACUAGCUCCUACCGAGAUCUAUGGCAGGAGUGAUGAAGAACAGAGCGGACCAAGAAUCUGGCGUCGGAAAACAGAGGAACCACCAGGGAAAUGUCUAGUCUAUUCCUUAACAAUAAUCGUCAUCAUCUUCGCACUUUGUCUCAUCCUAUCUUCAAUCUUUCUCCGUAUCUCAAAACCAGAGAUCGAAACAAGAUCAAUAUCGACUCGAGAUCUACGAUCGGGAGGUAAUUCAACAAACCCUUACUUCAACGCCACGCUAGUAAGUGAUAUCUCGAUCAGAAACUCGAAUUUUGGCGCGUUUGAAUUUGAGGAUAGUACGUUACGUGUUGUUUACGCUGAUCAUGGUGUUGUGGGAGAGACCAAGAUUGAAGGGAGAAGAGUGGAAGCUCAUAAGACGGUUAGGAUAACCGGUGUUGUAGUUGAGAUCGGUUCGUUUCGGUUAUUGGAUACUAAGGAUUUGGAUAAGGAUUUGAGAUUAGGGUUUUUGGAGUUGAGAAGUGUUGCUGAGGUUAGAGGAAGGAUUAAGGUUUUGGGAAGAAAAAGAUGGAAAGUUAGUGUGAUGAGUUGUACCAUGAGACUAAAUUUAACCGGUCGGUUUAUUCAAAAUUUGUUAUGUGAAUAGUAGUGAUUGAUUGAUCGGUUUCAUGAUCCGGUUUAAGAAGAUUUAUUUGUUUGUUGUUUUUUUUUUGGGUGUUGUGUUUUUGCGGUAUUGUAAUUGCUAUGGUCUUUGUAUAUGAACGGAACAUCAAUAUUGUAGAAAAGAAAAUUAGUCACUACAAAAUUGAUUUGUAAAAUAAAUAAAUAAAUUGAUUAGUAUGAAUUUGUAGGAUCAUCAUUUGAGAAAAACGAAUGAGAAAACUAAGAAUUUUCUCAAUAAUU